AUGUCGCAAGGAAAACUUAUCGUGAAGCCUUUAGGCAGAUCCGUGGUUCCAAAUGCGCUCGCUAGCCAUUUCAAGCUCGACAUUGAAACCAUCGACAAAGACGAGUUCCCAAACUUUGAACAAAAAUUCCCUCUGAACCAGGUGCCUGUUUUUAUCGGACGCAAUGGGUUCAAACUCACCGAGGCCAUUGCCAUCAUCGUUUACUUGACCAACCUCAUUGAAGAUGAAAAGACCAAGUCCGUCUUGCUCGGUGCUAACGCCGAGGAGCAAGCCCAGGUCUUGAGACAGCUUUCUUUCACCAACUCGGAAUUGAUCGACACUUUCGCAAAGUUCGCUCUCAUCUUAAUCGGCAAAGCUCCGUUCAACAAGAAAUUGCUUGACGAAGGCGUCGCUGCGUUCCAAAAGCGCGUCGCUGUUCUCGAGGACAGACUUUCCGAGUACACUUACUUGGCCACUGAGUCCGUUACCGUUGCAGACCUUUUCGCCGCUGCUUUCUUUGCGCUUCUUUUCACUAUGGUGUACGGCAAGGACUACACCGACAAGCACCCAAAGCUCAUGAGAUGGUUCAACACCGUAAUUGCGCACCCAAUCUUGGCUCCUUUCAUCAACAAGUCCGCCUUUUUGGAGAAAUCAGUUGAAGCGGCCCCCCCAAAGAAGGAAAAGCCUGCGAAGCAAGCUAAGAAGGAGACCCCAGCUCCAAAGGCCGCUGAAAAGCCUGCCGAGCAACCUGCCGAGCAACAAAAGAAGCCAAAGCACCCACUCGAGGCCUUGGGCAAACCAACUUUCGUGCUUGACGACUGGAAGAGAAAAUACUCCAACGAGGACACCAGACCCGUUGCCUUGCCUUGGUUCUGGGACCACUACAACCCUGAGGAAUACUCCAUCUGGAAAGUCGACUACAAGUACAACGACGAGUUGACCUUGACCUUCAUGUCCAACAACUUGGUCGGUGGGUUCUUCAACAGACUAACCGGCUCCAUCAAGUACAUGUUCGGCUGUCUAGUUGUCUACGGUGAAAACAACAACAACGGUAUCGUUGGUGCCGUCAUGGUUAGAGGCCAAGACGCGGUUCCCGCGUUCAACGUGGCUCCUGACUGGGAAUCUUACGAGUUCAGCAAGUUGGACCCAACCAAAGAAGAAGACAAAGAGUUCAUCAACAACAUGUGGGCUUGGGACAAGCCCGUUGUCGUCAACGGUGAAUCCAGAGAAAUUGCCGAUGGUAAGGUCUUGAAAUAA